AUGGCGGAAUCCUUGGAUUCGGGAAGCCUGCGAGAGAAAAUGUCGAGCAGUGCAGGGAGAGCGAUGAACAAAGUCAAGAGCGUCAUGGCGCCGACCUCCAUUGCCAACGCCGGAGUGGCUGCAUCGGAGCUCAUCGGCGUCGUUGCAGCCGGUGCCAUGGCUACCUCCGAGCAGCUGGUGUCGGGAUUGAGCACGGUGGGGGGGGGGAUCAGUGCUGUGGGAGGGAAGGUGGUGGGUGGGAUGGAUGUGUUCUGGAAGGAAUCUCCAGAGGAGGAUGCUCUUGCUCAGGUUGAUGAGAAGAAGUGGAACAGUUGGUCAAAGCAGCAGGCAAGGCAGGGUGAGGUUGAGAAGACCAAGGACAGGCUCUCUCUCCAGGCCAAGAUGAUGAGCGCGAGCGACAGAUCCAGCAUGGGGGAGGGGGAAGCGCAGGACGAGGAGGGGGUUUGGCUGGACUUCGUGAAGCUAGAGCGGCUCAAGGCACACGCCUGUGAAUGGGAUCGGAUUGGACGUAGCGAGGAGAACGCGUUGAUAGACCUGCUGGACGGUCUGCCGAAGGAUCCGAUGGAGAUGGAGGAGGUGGAGUUCGACGAGGUGGUAGAGGAGUACGUCAGGCUGAGCGAUGCGGCGCAAAGGGACCUGGCGGACACUUGCCGGGCAAGAUGGGGGGACUUCAAGAAGGGGCUGCAUGAGGUGGAGAUGCUGGAGCGAGAGCUCUCGGCCGCGAAGUUCGUCUGCUCGAAGGGAAGGUCUUCCCUGAACCUGGCUCGGAUCCAACUUGAGGAAGGCAACGUGGCGGCCCACUUCAGGAAGAAGCAGGUGCUGCAGGAGGUCUGUGCGCUGCUGUCGCAGCUUGUGCAAGCUCUUGAUCGAGAGGAUAGAGCCAUGGAGGCUCUCAACGGCAGAUCGCCCGACUAUGCCCUGGCAAGAACCCUCAGCAACGAGUGCUAUUCGUUCAUCGGGAUUGCUCCUCCCCACAGCCCCUCCGACCCGCUGACCCAUGUGUCUGAAGUAGGGGAGGAGGUUGGCCGGCAUGUAUCGAAGCUGCUCUGCGCCCAGGACGUGGCGACCCGCCUGUCGAGGCUGGAGGAGAGGUUCGACGUCAAGGUGAAGGACGGGUUGAAGGAGCUGUGCAAGAACUUUGACAAGCAGACGUUCGAGCGCAUCUUCCUUGCAUACGCGAGGAACGGACGGCAGUGGGAGCUGGGGGAGAGCCUGCAUGGUCACUUCCUUGAGGGGCUCGACAAGGGGCUGCAGCAGAUUAUCUUCUCCACCGUGGCAGCGGACGCAGAGGAGGACGCGGUGACGCUGCUAACAAUGUCCUUCGAGCAGCUGAUCAGCAGGAUCCCAGCUGAGCAGAUGGUGAUGGCCCUUCUCAGCUGCUACCAGCAUAUGUGCGAGCUCCUGUCUUCCCUGCAGUCCGUCCUCCUCUACAUCAGGAAGAGCAUGCGGCGGGCGGAGAGAGACGCCGUCCGCGUCCUGGUGUCGCAGGGGAUGAGCGCAGGAGGGGCGCAGAAGCUGCUGGAGGAUGAGAAACUUGCCAUCGAAGAGUGCAUGAAGGGAGCGGAGAGCGUCGUUGAGCCUCCCGACCUCUCCAGUGCCGGGAAAGGAAGCGAAGCGGGCGUACUGCAGAGGAGCGCGUCGGCAGAAGGUGCAGAGGAGGAGGCGCAACCUGCAGAAGAGGAGACUCCCGAGAAGGAGCACGAGGCAGACCUGCCUCCCCGGCAGAGUCUGGACGUGGAGGCUCCUGCGAGGAUGAGCAUCGAUGAGAGCAGCACGGCAGGAAGCGCGAUAACCAACACUCCCUCAGCGGCAUCGCAGGGAGGAGAGAGAGUCGACGGUGAGAAGGCCGGGCAGAGUAGCAGCGUGUGGUCUCGCCUGAAGGCUGCGCGCACUAUGCUCAAGACCGGAACGCCGUCGAAGGGGGAAGAGGCAGCGGCACACGCUGCCGGGUCCUUCUCGGACAAGGCGGGAGAGCACAAGGGGGCACAGGGGGAGAAGGGAAAGGCGUGGCGGUCGAGCGGGAUAUCCGCUAUGUCAGCCAUGGCGGCAGCAGCGACGGGAGCAGGCAAGGCAGCAGCAGGAGCAGCUCAGAGCUUAGCUACUCAUGCUCACAUCGCCUCGCACUCGAGCGACGAACGGCACAGCUCUCAUGCUGCCAUGGCAGCCCACGAGGCCAACCACCUACAGGCGCCGAGCAAGAUCAAGGAGAAGCUGGUGCGGGGAGGGUUCAUGUCGGAGACCGGAGUAGCCAGCGCUAGAAGCUCCUCGUCAGUGUCCCUGCCCUCCUCCAUCUGGAUCCUUGAGCUGCUCCUCAACGGUACCCACAUCUCCCUCUGGGAUGAGGCGCAGAAUCGCGUGCGCUCGCUGGUCACCCUCCCGAAGAUCAACAGUCUGAGGAGGGAGGAGUACUGCAAGCUCAUGGCGGCCACCAAUCGCUUCGCCAAGUUCGGGGAGGAGCUGACGCGCCUGCCAGCGACGCUGCGGGGAACGAUAUGGUCGGUGUGCCGAGAUUACUACCAGAUGUUCCACCGUUCCUCCAUCCUCAUGGUCCAGACGUCGAUCGAGAGCGACUUUUGGCAGCCCUACCCGACAGGGGGGGGAGGACGGCUGAACCUGGCUACUGUCCAGGAGCUCCGCCCCUUCAUCUUCUGGGAGCAGGAGGGGAAGGGCGGCGCAGAUGCGAGGACAGGGAUGCAGGACAGUGUCUGGUCAGAGUUCUUCGGGGAGGUGGAGCAGGGAGAGAGGGGAGGAGGAGACGUGAAGGCUGAGGAGAAGAAGGGAAGAGGAGAGGACAGUAUCCCGCAGAAUCCGUUUUCUCAGCUCAGCCUGGAAUCCUUCGCGCUGCCUCCCAUGCCCAAGGCGACGGCGAGUGAGGAGGAGGACGCGGAGGGUGGUGGGAUGGAGGAUGGGGCCCUUGUUCCUCGUCAGGUGCGUUGA